UCAGUCUGUUUGGAUUAUUGUAGCAGCUCAGGCCUCUCACAUGCCUUCUUGUCACUGCCUCCUGGACAUAAUACAGCAUAUCAUACAUGUGGAGAAUUAGGUGACGAAGAGCAGCGUUUGUUUUCAGUGAAGAGAGAGAACAGAAGAGGAGAGCAGCCAUGGAGUUGAAGGUGCAGGGUAAGAGGAAGAGGGACUUCUAUGCCAGAGCUUUAGGAUGGCCAGUGAAGGCUCCACUAUCCCCAGUCCUGUCGUCCGCCAAAUUGACAAGCAGUUCUUGAUCUGCAGCAUAUGUCUGGACCGCUACGAGAACCCCAAAGUCCUGCCCUGCCUGCACACCUUCUGUGAGCGGUGCCUGCAGAAUUAUAUCCCGGCCCACAGCCUCACACUGUCGUGCCCCGUGUGCCGCCAGACCUCAAUCCUGCCGGAGAAGGGUGUGGCGGCGUUGCAGAAUAACUUCUUCAUCACCAACCUGAUGGACGUGCUGCAGCGGGCACCGGGCAGCUGCAGCCAAGAGGCCGCCGCUCUCAACAACAUCACCACUGUGGCUACAGGCCAACUACUCUCCUGCCCAAACCAUGGAGGCAGCGUGAUGGAGUUUUACUGUCCUCCGUGUGAGACAGCCAUGUGUCAGGAGUGCACGAGCGGCGAACACGGAGAGCACCCGACCGUGCCUCUUAAAGACGUAGUGGAACAGCACAAGGCCUCAUUGCACCACCAGCUAGAUGCUGUCAAGAAGAGGUUACCAGAGAUCGACUCAGCCCUGCAGACGCUGUCAGAGAUUCUUCAGCAGCUGACCAAUCAGAAGAGCGCCAUCGAGGACGACAUCCACGCGACCUUCGAUGAGCUGCAGAAGACCCUCAAUGUCCGCAAGAGCGUUCUACUCAUGGAGCUGGAAGUCAACUAUGGCCUCAAGCAAAAGGUGCUCCAAGCCCAGCUGGACACCCUGCUGCAGGGCCAAGAGGGCAUCACCAGUAGCUGCAACUUCACGGAGCAGGCCUUGAGCCAGGGCACCGAGGCCGAGGUGCUGCUGGUGAAGAAGCAGAUGGGCGAGCGUCUCGUCGAGCUGGCCAACCAGGAGCUUCCGCUGCAGCCCGGAGAGAACAACCAGCUGGACUUCCUCGUGGAAACGGAAGGACUAAAAAAGUCCAUCCACAACCUGGGCACUAUUGUGACCACCAACGCCGUGGCCUCCGAGACUGUGGCGACAGGCGAGGGGCUGCGGCAUUGUGUGGUAGGCGUGCCCACCUCCAUCACCAUCACUACUAAGGACAAAGAUGGAGAUCUGUGCAAGAUGGGCAACGCAGUCAUCGCCGCUGAAAUGUUUUCGCCUGACGGCGGCAAGUGUGACGGAGACGUGCUCGACAACAAGAACGGCACUUAUGAGUACUUGUUCACAGCUCCUAAAGAGGGCACGUGCACUUUAUCUCUGCGCUUAUAUGACCAACACAUCAAAGGGAGCCCCUUUAAGAUAAAGGCCACCAAAUCCAUUGACGUGUCACCGACUUCAGACGGCGUUAAGAAGAGGCUCAAGUCUCCGGGCAGCGGACACGUCAAGCAGAAGGCCAUCAAGAGGCCGGCCAGUAUGUACAGCACAGGGAGGAGGAAAGAGAAUCCCAUUGAGGACGACCUUAUCUUCAGAAUCGGCACAAAGGGAAGAAACAAAGGGGAGUUCACGAACCUGCAGGGAGUGGCUGCCUCCUCUCAGGGGAAGGUGCUGAUAGCAGACAGCAACAACCAGUGUGUGCAGAUUUUCUCCAACGACGGCCAGUUCAGAAGUCGUUUCGGCAUCCGGGGCAGGAGUGCGCUCAGUCUACGUGCAAACACAUAGAAGGCAGCUUCGGGGGUUUUAUGUGUUAAUGCAAACAGUAAUACUGACCAUUACUUGUAUUUUUGUGAUUGUAAGUACUCAUUUCCUCACGUGUGGCUUCGUGAAAUAAAAUCUCUCCAGAACAAGAUCGGCUCGGGGAAGCUGAUGGGUCCUAAAGGCGUGUCGGUGGACAGAAAUGGCCACAUCAUCGUGGUCGACAACAAGUCCUGCUGCGUCUUCAUCUUCCAGGUCAACGGCAAGCUGGUCACCAAGUUUGGUAACCGUGGCAACGGUGACAGGCAGUUUGCAGGCCCUCACUUUGCUGCUGUCAACAACAACAACGAGAUCAUUGUGACAGAUUUCCACAACCACUCAGUCAAGGUGUUCAACACAGAAGGAGAAUUCUUGCUGAAAUUUGGCUCCAAUGGUGAAGGCAAUGGCCAGUUCAACGCCCCCACAGGAGUGGCGGUGGACGUCAAUGGAAACAUCAUAGUAGCCGACUGGGGCAACAGCAGGAUACAGGUGUUUGAUGGCAGCGGUUCAUUCCUCUCUUACAUCAACACGUCAGCGGACCCCCUCUAUGGCCCGCAGGGACUGGCGCUCACUUCAGACGGACACGUCGUGGUCGCCGAUUCUGGCAACCACUGCUUCAAAGUCUACCGCUACCUGCAGUAGCCACUCGACACAAAGCCUGUACAGUGUACAUAUGUACAAACAUGCAGUAGUACGGAGCAACUGGAAGUUUUUUGCACUCCCCCCCCCCUCACCACUCUUGAAUCUUGCUGUCAUUGUGCCAUCUGUUUGACCUUUCUCCCUCCCCAAACUAACACGAGAGACUUUAUUAGUGGUGCGAGGGAAGCGAGAUGACCUCUGACCUACACGAAUGGCUGCUGCUGAUUGGUGCUCACUUGAGACCUCGUUCACCUUCCAUCUUAAUGUGGAGUAUUUGAAAAGGCUUUAACGCGGUCCACAUGGUAGAGCUUUGAACUGCCACAUGGCAGAAACUGAAAAUAAAUAAAUAAAUACUUUUGCACUUGUUUCUCAAAUCACUGGCUGUAUUAAGUAAAGUCAUAAUUAAAGUAAAAGGUACCUUAGUCACCUGAGAAAUAAUGAAAUUCCAUCUAUAGCAGCAGUGACUACAGCUUCCUGCUAAAUGCUCUCAAGGGUUUUUACAUUUUGCCUCUUCACUAUAAAAGUGUUCCACCCUCUGUAGGUAUAGCAGGGUAUUUAAGAGCAUGAUUAAGAUGUUUUUGUGCAUGCGGUUUUUACUUAAACACGUUAAACUGUGCGUAUGAAACAGUUUCCAGCUGAACACCUUCUAACAGAGACGCUGUUUCACUUCUAUUUGAAUGUGAAAGCUCUUCAGUGAGCUGUGUCAUCACUUGGAAUAAAAAAAAAAACAGUAUGCUGACAAGUGGGACUGUAUGAAUUAAGGGUACCAAACAUAAGCCACCUGAUAUGCUUCUGCUGUGUAUGAUGCCUCUUAACAUUUCUGCUGUGAUCGUGUGCAGACCCCUCGAGUUGCAGAAUUUGAAUGAAAAGCUAAAUACUUGGAAUGAACUCGGCAGGAUGCAUCCUAUUAAGUUUCGAUUGAAAGGUUUCUUCAUCACACUGAAAGCAGAGGUGCAGAACUGCGAUCACCGUCACUCCUCCAUGUGCUCUUAUAACUUCAGAUAAAUCUAUAGAGUGACUAACAGAUUGUGUUUUAGCAACACAUAAUUUGUCUACCUUCACAAUCAGCAAUAGAAAGUUUGGCAGUCGAGGUGCACGUUAAGUGAUAAUGCACUGUGUUCCUAUUAGAAAGCCUUGUUUGUCUUCAAGCACACAACUGUCAUUAUUUGUUAUCCAGAAUCGGGUCAUCGAUUUUCUACACGAUCUUGUAAAUUGUUUGUUUUCCAUUGUCCUGUUUAUAUUUGUAAUGCCAAAUGGAAUUAAAGUGCCCAUAGAAAUGAA